GAAGACCUGAAGCUACGAUCGUGUGUGUGCUCGACAGUGCUCCGGUUUAAAAAAAGGAAACUAAAACGAAUAACUAAGUAAAUAUUAAAAUGGUGGCGGCUUUAACGCAUCUCCUCUUACUCGACAUUGAUUUACGGACAAUCCACGGAGAACACCAACGGUCAGAUGUUGAAGAGGAAACCUCAAAUCAAACUUUAUACAAAGCUCCUCCAGUGUACACAUUCAAAUAAAUGCCGAAAUAGGUGAAGAGCUACAGCCUCUUCUUUCUCUGGAAACCGCCAAGAGGGAGGGAGGAGUUUAAACAAAGGCCCUCUCCACAUAGAAAAAAAAAUGGAGGCUUGUGCAGAGAAGCCAUGGUGUCCUGCUCUUCACAGUCUACAUGCUGCCAUUUCGACUUCUAAAGCCUUCAAAUGAGACGACUCCGGGCAGGUUCUACACUUGGAAGCUUCACACGUUGUUACAUUUGGGUUGUGCUGCCCCUGCCUGCACUGAACAAAGAUAAUUACUCAGGAAACAUUUCGGCCAAUCAGACGCAGCCUUGUAUCCUGCCUGCGAGGAGAGCGACCAGUCAGGAUCCGGCUAACAUCGCUGGGGCCUGAUCGCCUUGCCUGAAGAGCGGAGCCUUCCCCGGCUGAGGGCUGAGAGUGUCCUCCAUGUUUUAUAAGUGUUGACAUAACAGUGUGUCAGGCAGCCAUGCAUCCACAGGGGGUCACAUGGGUGCCCCAGACAACCAGGCUGCCAUACAGGAGUGGACCAUGGCAAAUCCUUUUCCUUUUUUAAAAUUUAUAAUGCAAAGGAGAGUUAGAUUUUAAAAAAAAAUGGCACUCACACCUCCCUUUUCUGUUGUGGCAGUCCUGUGUUGUAGCCUGGCAGAGAAAGAAUGGGGGAUGGGCAAUGGAGGAAGAGAAGGAGGUGGAGAAGGGCGGGUAUUAUGUACCCUUUGUAAGUGGAUUGGCUCUGUGCUGUUUUCUUGUGUGUCAUGGCAGGCCGGGGAAUAGACGUGGGGGGCAACAGACGUGCCCGUUAGGAGGACAUGGGAGCGCGGGGCGUAACUCAAUACGACUUCUCGGUCUCAAUACGUUCUGGCCGAGGAGGAGAUAAAGACGGAGUCUGAUGUGGUAGAGGGGAUGGAGGCGGCCGUGCGAUCCAAAGUCCCUGAUCCGCCGGGCUCAGCGGAACGAACCGCGGCGCCACAGAAGAGGAAGGUGUCCAGUCCCACCCAUUCCUCCAACGGACACUCUCCCUCGGACUCCUCCCCCAGCCCCGUCAAGAGAAAGAAGAAGCCCGGGGCCGUCCACGGUCACAGCAAAGACCAGUCAGAGCUAAGACAUGGUCCCUUUUACUAUAUGAAGCAGCCGGCACUCACCACAGACCCUGUUGAUGUUGUACCGCAGGACGGAAGGAAUGACUUCUACUGCUGGCUGUGCCACCGCGAGGGCCAGGUGCUCUGCUGUGAGCUCUGCCCCAGGGUGUACCACGCCAAGUGCCUCAAACUACCAGCCGAGCCUGAGGGCGACUGGUUCUGUCCAGAGUGUGAGAAAAUAACAGUGGCUGAAUGCAUCGAAACCCAGAGCAAGGCAAUGACAAUGCUGACAAUAGACCAACUCUCCUUCUUGCUCAAAUUUGCACUUCAAAAGAUUAAACAGCCUGGGACUGAGCCUUUUCAGAAACCUGUGGCUCUGGAACAGCACCCGGAUUAUGCCGAGUACAUUUUCCACCCCAUGGACCUGUCUACUUUAGAAAAGAAUAUCAAAAAGAAAAUGUAUGGCUGCACUGAGGCCUUUCUUGCUGACAUGAAAUGGAUCUUACACAAUUGCAUCAUCUACAAUGGAGGUAAUCACAAAUUAACAGCGACUGCAAAAGUCAUCGUCAAGAUUUGCGAACAUGAGAUGAAUGAGAUUGAGGUGUGUCCAGAGUGCUACCUGUCUUCAUGCCAAAAAAGGGACAACUGGUUUUGUGAGCCAUGUAGUCAACCCCACCCUCUGGUCUGGGCGAAGCUAAAGGGCUUUCCCUUCUGGCCAGCAAAAGCACUUCGGGACAAGGACGGCCAGGUAGACGCACGCUUCUUUGGGCAACAUGACAGGGCCUGGGUCCCUAUCAACAACUGCUACCUCAUGUCCAAAGAGAUCCCUUUCUCCGUGAAGAAGACAAAGAGCAUUUUUAAUAGCGCCAUGCAAGAGAUGGAGGUGUAUGUGGAGAAUAUUCGCAAGAAAUUUGGGGUAUUCAACUACGCGCCCUUCCGCACUCCCUUCACGCCCAACAACCAGCUCCAGAUGCUACUGGACCCCUCCAACCCCAGUGCCGGGACCGUGAAGACGGAGAAACUGGAUAAACUUCGCUUCAACUUCGAUAUAACCGCGUCUCCGAAGAUGGUCCUCGGCAAGAGUUCCACGCCCAGCGGCAUGAGUCGGAGGGUCUCGAUGACGGACAUGCCUCGGUCUCCCGUGAGCACCAACUCCUCGGUUCACACGGGGUCCGACGGGGAGCAGGAUAUGGAAAAGCCCGGCAGGAAUCCUGCCUUCCACUACAGCACUGGGGAGGAAUCGAUGGACUGCACUGCAUCUCCAGUCUCCGGGAAGAUGGGUUCUUCAGGCAACACGGCGGGCAGCCCGAAGCCCUUCAACCCUGGACUGGUCCCCAAGCAGGAGAGGACCGCGGGCACAGGCGGCAUCCUCAAUCUCAACCUGGAUCGGGUGAAGGCUGAGAUGGAUCUGAAGGAGCUGAGUGAGACCGUGCAACUACAACAGCAGCAGCAGCAGCAGCAACAAGGAGCGUCGGCUUCCCUUCCCACCCCAAAGAGACUCAUCCGGAGCCUGGACAAGACGAUCGAGAGCUGCAAGGCACAGCUCGGGAUAGACGAUAUCUCUGAAGAUGUGUACAAAGGCGUGGAUCACAGCGACUCUGACGACUCUGAGAAAACCGACUCGAGCGACAGCGAGUAUCUCAGCGACGAGGAACACAAGCCAAAGAGCUCCGUCCAGGACGACCAGGACAAAGCGGAUCGAAAAAGACCCAAAGCAAACGCGAAUGGCGAGAACAAGGAGGGAGUUCCAGGGAAAGUGGAUAAACCCACCCCUGAACUUGUGCUCAAAGACAAGCAAGGGGCCAGUGGCCCUGACAGGGGCCUCCAGGACAAGCCCAGGGCGCCCCAGUUGCAGCCCGGCGCUGACAAACCCAAAGCCCAGGAUGAGGGCAGAGCCGCAGCUGCUGCCACAUCGGCGGCUGAGCAAGACUCUGAUUCUGAAAGAGAGCUGGUGAUCGACCUGGGAGAUGAAAACGGAGGCCGCGACUCAAAGAGGGCGAGGAGAGAGCCGGGAGCUUCUAAACUUCUUAAAGAGUCCGGUGUUGCCAAGCUGGAAGGUAAACUGCCUUCCUCUGCUGCAGCAGCUGCUCCAUCACGGGACUCCGCCCCGAACCCAAAGGACACUUUGCAACCCGCCAUCACAGCGGCCCUCAACCUUGUUUCUACCGCAGCUCCCAGCGGAUCCACCAGCAGCGCACCCUCUCCCGCCUUCGCCUCGGUCUCCACGACAUCCCCGGUCCCCGCGGCUGUAAAGAAACAGCGCCCUCUACUGCCCAAAGAGACGGCUCCGGCCGUGCAGCGGGCAGUGGUUUGGAAUCCAACCAAAUUCCAGACCUCCUCCCAGAAGUGGCACAUGCAGAAGGUGCAGAGGCAGCAGCAGCAUGGAGAUCAGUCGCCGGGGGAGACGCCGGCCCAGAGUCCGGGGCAGCCGCCGCAGUCCCAACAGCAGAACUCCUCCAGUACCCGCUAUCAGACCAGACAAGCUGCCAAGGUGCAAAAGGACGUGCCUCAGAGUACGUCCUCCUCAACAGCUGCCCAAGUCACAUCUGGCAGCUCGUUGUCAGGAGACGUGCAGAUCCCCACCGGCUCGGCAGAGGUGGCUGCGGAUAUAGCCAAGUACACAAACAAAAUUAUGGACACGAUAAAAGGGACAAUGACUGAAAUCUACAACGAUCUUUCAAAAAACACCUCGGGAAACACAAUUGCAGAGAUUCGUCGGCUAAGGAUAGAGAUUGAGAAGCUCCAGUGGCUGCAUCAACAAGAGUUGUCGGAGAUGAAGCACAAUCUUGAGCUGACGAUGGCGGAGAUGAGGCAGAGCCUGGAGCAGGAAAGGGAACGCUUGGUGGCCGAGGUGAAGAAGCAGACGGAGGUGGAGAAGCAGCAGGCGGUGGACGAGACCAAAAAGAAACAGUGGUGCGCUAAUUGCAGGAAGGAGGCCAUCUUCUAUUGCUGCUGGAAUACCAGUUACUGUGAUUACCCCUGCCAGCAAGCCCACUGGCCAGAGCACAUGAAGUCCUGCACACAGUCAGCCACAGCUUCUUCGCAGCAGGAGCCGGAAGCAGAUUCCAACGCGAGCCCUUCAGUCAAGACAUCGAGUCCCGCUCUCGCCAAGCAGAUCCUGCCCCCUGCAGCGGGACCCUUAUUGGACAAAAGCAACUCCCCCACGUGCAUUGACAAGAGCAAAGACGGCGCUGGCGUUACCGUGACCUAACUGCGACACUACAGAUGCUCGACACAUUUUGCCAGGCCACCAGCUCUGUGACAAAUCACUUAGAUUUUUCCAUUCCCAUGUGUACUACAUCUGCUUGGUGGACCUUUGUUGUUGUUUGUUUCAUCUCUCAUUUGCAGUUUCCACAAGUCUGUGUCUUCAGGUGGAUUCACAAUGUGAAAGUAGUCUGUCUUGAGAAAUAAAAUGUGAGGUUGUAUGUUUUCAUAUUUGUAGUUUUGAUAUAGCUCUGUUACCACUUUGUUUCAAGUCUGAACAAGAUUGUAUCGACCCACAGAAUAUUUACACUUUUUUCCAAUGCUGCUCUUAAAUACUUACUUGCUGUAUCAUUUAGUGGAUUUAUCUCAAUAUUAUGAGACAAAAACAGCCACCAACAGUUGAUAUUCAUUCAUCACGGUGCCAUCAGAGGUAUGUUGAGUUAUGCAAGUUUGUUUAAACCAUGUCCACUUCAUGUCAACUGAGAUAUUUUUUAGUAAUGCAAGUUUAAACGUAAUGUUUUCAAUUAUGUCAGCGAGGGGGGCAUUUUUGGCUCAUACCAACUUUGUAUUGUAGUUAAACAUUGUAUAGACCUACAUACAAAAAUAUCUGUGAUUUAUUAAAAAAAAAGAACUGAUAAAUGUAAACUGUACAAAGUUUUUGUAAGAAAAUACCUGAACAAUAUUUAUAGUGUGAUACGUUUUUAUAGUAUGUUUAAUGAAAUCACAUUUCUAUGUGUCUAAAAAAAAAAAAUUACUUCAUAUGAAUGUCAGCUGUAAGCGAAGCCUCUGUUUAACUCGUGAUCCAAAGCUGGUGUAAAUCAGACUGUCUGUGAGAAUUGGCUAGGAAUAAAUAGAAACUGCAUUUUG